AUGGCCUCUGGAAUCUUCAACUCCACCUACUACGGCAAGGACUACCGCGCUGGAGCCGCCCUCCUGCGUGCCCGCCGGCCCUACCUCGUCAAGAACGCCAUUACCGGCCUGUGCCUCGUCGGAUUCACCAUUGGUGUCUAUGCCUACACCAUCCGCGCCGUCGGCCAGGAUGAGUUCUCCGACGUCAAGGUCCCCGAGACCCCCGCCGCCAAACCCCAGCAGAAGCAAUAG